AUACAAGUGGUAGUUGGUUGCAGAUAUAAUCACCGAGAGAUUUACAAGGUUGAUCGGAUGACAAUGGAGAAACAGGCGAAGCCCAGGAACAAUUUCUUGAAAUUACUGCCGAAAGCAGCGGCAGCAGUCAGAUUUCAGAAUCCACCCUUCAGCCCUGGAAGAGACAACAUAAUGACCAAGCUAAAACCUCACGCCGCCGCCAACAACAAAGGAUUUUCCGGUCACUCUGUUUGUUUAAUUCCCCACGAAGCUCGAAUUAGGAAAGAAAAGAACGAGAGCUUCGGGGCGCAAGAACCCACCUCGCCCAAAGUGUCUUGCAUGGGCCACGUCAAGCAGAAGAAGAAGAAUAUAGAACGCACCGUUUCGCUCCCUCAAGAUCGACCCAAGCCUGCCAUGCUGUCUCCUCGCAUGGUGAAAAAACACGCGUCGAAGAUAAAGAAAAUGUUUAGCAGCAAAAAGCUUGGGAAGAAGUCAAACUCCGUUGACGAUGGCAAGAAGCCAACACUGGUUGAUAGGGCGCCGCGUUUGGGCCAGAUGAAGCGAUUUUCCAGUGGGCGCGAUGCUUUUGCCAGCUUCGAUUGGACGGCUCAGGUUGCACCCGAAGAAGCCGAUCAUGAUCAUCAUCGGAAUUCUAACUCGGAGGAAGACAGUGAUAGAGGAGAAGAAGAGGAGGCGGAGACGAUUAUUCCUUUCUCGGCUCCAAUAAUAAUGGGCGGACAGAUUGCUUUGCAGCCAAGGAAAGAAGUGAACAUAUGGCAGAGAAGAACGAUAAACCCACCAAGGCCUCUCCGCAUAAUCUGAAUAAGUCAAUGAUCGGAGCAAAAUGAUGAUCUUCUUUUAUGAAUGAUUCCAAUAUGAAAUUGGUGUAAUAUGUUGAAUGAUUUUAUUGUAAAUAGAUAUGGUUCAUUAGUUAAAUUCCCUUAGUUUCAAAUUCAUAUAUUAUUGCUUCUUCACAAAUCAUAAUUAAUUUCAUUGCCUGCAAAUUAGUUUCAGUUGAUAUUUUCCAAGAAGUUAUAAUGCUGUAAACUACUUGCUAGGAAGAUAAUAUCAAGUGGAUACACAAUUU